AUGCCUGGCCGACGCCCCCAUACUAAAUCACGGGCCGGGUGCCAGCGAUGCAAGGAGAAGCACGUCAAGUGUGAUGAGGUCCGCCCUACGUGCGGUGCGUGCGCCAGAUAUGGGGUACCGUGUGUGCCGAAGCCCCUGGCCACCGUCCGCCGAGGGGAGCAGAGAGGAAACCUGUCAUCGGCUUCACCAGCUCUACCAGCUCUGCCAGCCACACCGGCUUCACCGGCGUCGUUGCUCCUCGUUCCGUCCCGGGCACGGGCCGCGCUCAGUCUUUGGGAGUUCGAACUGGUCCAUCAUUGGAUCCUUCACGUCGCCGAGUCCUUCCAGGUUAGCCCCGGCUUCCACCGUGCAUGGUGCGACCGUGGCAUUAGAGUUGCAACCCAGUAUGACUUCUUCUUGCAUAUGAUCCUCAUGCUCUCGGCUCUGCAUCUCGCUCUGACUAAGUCGCCUUUCUUCACGGAAGCCCAUCGCACCUUUAUUCUGGAGGGAUGCUCUGAUGCGACCACGAGUUUCCGCAAGGAGGCAGAAAAUAUCAACGACUCCAACUCCCACGCAGUCCAGGCCUUCCCCUUCCUCAUGUCCAUCUAUGCCCUUGCUCUCCCGCAGUUCGAUCGCGAAGAAAAAGGCGGAGAGGCGGUCCUGGAUGAGAUGAUCCACAUCCUCAUUGUCAUCAAGGGCAACUCACUUGUCAGGCCUACAACGACCCCAUGGCCACGGGCGCGGGUGAGCCCGCGCUGGAUGGAAGAAAAGGACUAUCUCGACCAGACCGAUGAGGAUAACCGUGACAAGGAUCUUAGGAACGCUCUCGGGACCCUGCAGCCGUGGGUAGAAUCGUCUAGUGACGACCCUCGGGUCCGAAGCAUCAAUUCCGAAACCAUCCAGCUAUUUAGGGAGACCCUGAAGAUCCAUCUGAAGCGGAGUUUACGGCCGCUUUCAUGGCCCAACGCUGUUCAGAACGACUAUAUCGAUCUGCUGAGGCAUCGGAAUCCAAUGGCGCUCGUGGUCUUGGCUCAUUAUGCCGUGAUCCUGGGCCAGUGCAGCGACCAGUGGUGGUGCUCGAGCUGGGGAGAGCGACUGCUCUCUGUGAUUGCGGCGAUGCUGCCUGAAGAGUACCAGGGGGCAAUCGCUUAUCCGCUGCAGAUGUUGACCUGA